AUGUUCAAUCAACAUUCCAGGGAGAUGUUUGGGCGCCGGUAUGGCCCAGAUCUCCCUCCAUUGAACUUACAUAACAUACAACCGACUGAAGACAACUCUGAUGAGACCAGUCCUGCGGAAGGCUCGACACCAGAAAGAGGUCACAGCCAUGAACGGGAUGGGACCUGGGGCGAACGAGAUGUUGGUGGACCUCUCGAUCGGGACGAUGCCAUGGCAGACUUUGACGAGAUGAGGCUAGAACUGAGCAAGUUGAGCAUGCACCGGACGGCCACUCGUGAGUCAAACAGACGACCUAGUCUGGCAUCCAGAGUCCGGACACGCACAUCCCUUGCGAGAAAAAGAACUCGUUCUAUGAGAGCAGAGAGCGUGGCCACGGCAUCCACUUUUGAUGAAGAAGAAGGGCACGAUUCUGAAGAUGAUGACGAAGAUGACGUCGAUUUGGGUGAUUUCCUCAAGAACGGCCAUUUCGAAAAGCGUACAGAUGCUGGUGGCCCAACGAAGAAGGUCGGUGUCACAUAUAAGAAUCUGACUGUGAAAGGGGUGGGCGCCCAAGCAACAUUCACCAAGACUUUACCGGAGGCCAUUUUGGGGACUUUUGGUCCUGAUUUGUAUCACCUGGUCACUCGGUUUGUACCUUCAUUGAAAUUCGGGCGGCUGCCAGCGACAAGAGAUCUCAUUCACGACUUCACUGGUGCCGUACGGGAUGGAGAGAUGAUGUUGGUGUUGGGUCGUCCAGGUGCAGGUUGCUCAACAUUCCUCAAGGUCCUUGCCAAUCAACGCGAUACUUUUGCAGGAGUGGAAGGAGAAGUACACUAUGGAGGUAUCUCUGCCGAAGAGCAGCGAAAGCGAUAUCGGGGCGAGGUCAAUUACAACCCCGAAGACGAUCAACACCUGCCCAACUUGACUGUCUGGCAGACUUUGAGGUUCGCAUUGAUGAACAAAACUCGGAAGCACGAAGAGAACAGUAUCCCCAUCAUUAUUGACGCGCUCUUAAAGAUUUUUGGCAUCUCUCACACGAAGGGAACACUCGUUGGCAACGAGUAUGUCAGAGGUGUCUCUGGAGGGGAGCGCAAACGUGUCGGUAUUGCCGAGACGUUGGCCACCAAGUCAACCGUUGUUUGUUGGGACAAUUCGACUCGGGGACUCGAUGCUUCGACCGCACUAGACUAUGCCAAGUCGUUGAGAGUCAUGACCGAUAUCUCCAAUCGAACUACGAUUGUGACGCUUUAUCAAGCUGGGGAGGGCAUUUAUGACUUGAUGGAUAAAGUUUUGGUAAUCGAAGAAGGCCGUAUGAUCUACCAAGGACCUGCCAAACUCGCACGGCAGUAUUUCAUCGAUCUCGGAUUCAAAGCGCCUGACAGACAAACCACAGCCGACUUCCUGACCUCCGUUGGGGACGCCAAUGAACGACAAUUCCAGUCCGGCAAGGAAGCUUCGACGCCCAAAACUGCCGAAGAAUUGGAAGCCGCCUUCCGCAGAUCCGAUAUCUACAAACAUGCCAUCGUUGACGUCCAGAGCUAUGAAGGCGACUUAGAGAAAACUGACUGCCAGGAUACCCGUCGCUUCCAAGAAGCUGUCGAAGAACAAAAGAGCAACAGCAAACUCAUCUCCAGCGGCUCGAGCUACACUGUCUCCUUCUGGCGUCAAGUGCUUGCAUGCACACUGCGUGAAUUCUGGCUGUUCUGGGGCGAUAAGACAACACUGUACACCAAGACGUUCAUCAUCAUUGCCAACGGUCUCAUUGUUGGUUCGCUUUUCUACGGCGAAAGUCUCGAGACCGAUGGCGCGUUCCCCCGUGGGGGUGCGCUCUUCUUUGCCAUUUUGUUCCUGGGUUGGCUGCAGCUCACGGAAUUGAUGCGCGCGAUCAGUGGUCGCGUCGUUGUUGCGAGACAUCGUGACUACGCGUUCUACCGCCCCAGUGCCGUCGUCAUUGCGCGAGUCCUCCUCGACUUACCUGUUUUGGCGGUCCAGGCCGUUGUCUUCACCAUUAUUCUGUACUUCAUGGCGGAGUUGGAUGUCCAGGCGAGCAAAUUUUUCAUCAAUCUGCUUUUCGUCUACGUCAGCACGAUAUGUAUCACAGCGCUUUAUCGCAUGUUCGCCUCGUUGAGUCCGACAAUCGACGAUGCGGUCCGCUUCAGUGGUAUAGCACUCAAUCUUCUGAUAAUCUUUGUUGGUUAUACUAUCCCAAAGCGUACACUUACGAGCGAUGUGAUUUGGUUUGGCUGGCUAUAUUAUGUCAAUCCCGUCUCCUAUGCGUACGAAGCUGUUCUAUCAAACGAAUUCUCUGGUCGAAUCAUGAACUGCUCGCCAUCUAAUCUAGUACCACAAGGGCCGGACGUUGAUCCGGCUUAUCAAGGAUGUGCAUUGACCGGCUCAACUCUUGGGAGCAAUACUGUCAGUGGUGAUGCAUAUAUCGAAACCUCGUUUGGCUAUUCACGCUCCCAUCUUUGGCGAAACCUCGGAGUUCUGCUUGCUUUCACGGCACUAUACGUCCUAAUCACUGCCGUGGCCUCCGAAGUCUUCUCGUUUGCUGGUGGUGGCGGUGGCGCAUUGGUUUUCAAGAAGACUAAAAAGGCUAAGCAAAUGGUGAACGAGGAGAAAAAGCCAACAGAUGAAGAAAAAGCAUCUUCUCCGACAGACCCAAGCCCUGGUGCAUCAUCGGAUACCCUUGAGGGUGCAGAUGAUGCCGUUGUUGAUGACCUUACUCAAGGCAAGAGUGUCUUUACCUGGGAAAACGUCGAAUAUGAAGUGCCUUACCAAGGCGGAAAGAGGAAACUACUUAACGGGGUGAAUGGUUACGUUAAGCCAGGAAUGAUGAUCGCCCUUAUGGGUGCCAGUGGCGCAGGCAAGACUACUUUGCUCAACACCCUCUCGCAAAGACAAACUCUCGGUACCGUUUCUGGCGACAUGCUUGUCGAUGGUAAGAAGCUCGGGGUGGAAUUCCAACGUGGUACAGGUUUCUGCGAACAAAUGGAUCUCCAUGAUGAGACCGCCACAGUUCGUGAAGCCCUUGAGUUCUCUGCUAUUCUCAGACAAGAUCGGAAGGUCCCAAAACAAGAGAAGGUCGACUAUGUCAAUAAGAUCAUUGAGUUGCUGGAGUUACAAGAUAUUCAGGACGCCAUUAUCGGCUCUUUGGGCGUCGAGCAGCGGAAGAGACUGACGAUUGGCGUGGAACUGGCCGCGAAACCAGAAUUACUCCUCUUCCUCGACGAACCAACCAGCGGUCUUGACUCUCAGUCAGCAUUCUCGAUCAUCCGAUUCCUGAAGAAGCUCUCAAAAUCUGGACAGGCGAUUAUUUGUACGAUUCAUCAGCCGUCUUCGAUGCUCAUCCAACAGUUCGACAUGGUGCUUGCACUCAAUCCUGGCGGGAACCCUUUCUACUUCGGUCCUGUAGGCGAUAAUGGCUCCGCCAUAAUUGACUACUUUGCCCAAAGAGGUACACAAUGCCCACCGAACAAGAAUGUCGCUGAAUUCAUCCUCGAAACUGCCGCCAAAGGAGGCGCCAAGCGAGAUGGCAAGCGGGUGAAUUGGAACAAGGAGUGGUUAGCUUCACAAAACAAUACCGAUAUGCUCGAGGAGAUCCAACGGAUCAAGGAUGCCCGAUCCAAAGUGCCCAUGAAAACCACCGCACAAUACGCCUUUGCCGCCCCGAUCGCCGCCCAAACCUUGGAGGUCACGAAACGAACCUUCCGCCAAUACUGGCGGGAUCCAUCAUACCUGUACGGCAAGCUCUUCGUGAGUGUGGUGAUCGGUAUAUUCAACGGUUUCACCUUCUACAACCUCGACAACAGCGUCGCCUCGCUUCAAUCACGUCUCUUCACGCCCUUCCUCAUUCUGCUCAUCCCGCCCACCAUCGUCAACGGCGUGGUUCCGAAGUUCUACCAGAAUCGCGCUCUGUGGGAGGCAAGAGAACACCCGAGUCGCAUCUACGGGUGGUUCGCCUUCUGCACAGCCCAAGUUGUUGCCGAGGUCCCUAUGGCCAUCAUAUCCUCCAUCGUUUACUGGCUGCUGUGGUACUAUCCAACCAACAUGCCCCGCGAUAGCAGUACCGCUGGGUAUAUGUUUCUAAUGACCAUGUUGUUUUACUUCUUUAUGUCGAGCUGGGGCCAGUGGAUAUGCGCAUUCGCUCCCAGUUUUACCGUCAUUUCAAACGUAUUGCCGUUCUUCUUUGUCACCGUGAGUAUUUUCAACGGUAUCGUUCGCCCUUACGCCCAACUCCCCGUGUUUUGGCGGUAUUGGAUGUAUUGGGUCAACCCGAGCACAUGGUGGAUCAACGGCGUGCUCGCAGCGACUGUCCGUGGUCUCACGAUCGAAUGUGCACAGGGCGAGAGCACGCUCUUCAAUGCUCCCCCAGGCCAGACGUGUGAUUCCUACGCGAGCGACUUCGUCCGAACCAGCGGCAUGGGAUACGUCUCGACGACGAACAACGGUACUUGUGCGUACUGUCCUUACGCCACGGGCGAUGAGUACCUCUCGACCCUGAACAUCCGCGGCGACGAGAAGUGGAGGGAUUUCGGUAUCUUCUUGGUCUUUGUUUUCUCAAAUUGGGCUUUGGUUUAUUUCUUCAUCUAUACUGUUAGGGUGAAGAAGUGGGGAUUUGGAAUGGGAUAUUUGACCGGUGCCGUGGAAAAGCUUGGAAAACUGAUCAGAAAGAAGUAG